AUGGCUCCUACAGAGACCGAUACCAACCAUGUCGAGGCAUCACAAGAGCAUGCUGCCUCUGACGACAACGGCAAUGUGACUCUCCACGAUAUCUGGGAGCACCGCCGCGUUCUGGGUUUCUGUUUCCUCAUCUUCCUGCUACCCAUCAACUUUGGCUUUGAGAUCAACAACGUCGGCAACCUCCUCGCCGUGGUGCCCUUUAUGGAAGAGUUUGGUAAAGUCGUGGAUGGGACUCUGCUCAUUACAGCUCAGGACCAACAGAUCCUGAACGCUGCCACGACCGUCGGCAUCUUUGUUUCCGCCUUUGCGACAGGUUUCAUCUCUGACAAGGUUGGCCGCAAGUAUACGAUCGUUCUCGCCUGCUUCAUCUGUAUUGCUGGCAUCAUGGUCCAGUACUACGCCAAGUCUAUCAUGAACCUGUUUGGUGGAAAGCUCCUCGGCACCUUUGGAUUUGGCUUAGGACAUUCCCUAGGACCUGUCUUUGUCGCUGAGAUGGCGCCCAACAAGUUGCGAGGCACAUGUCUGGUUCUCAUUAACACCAUGAUUGUCAUCGGCCAGUGGCUCAACUCCCUCGUCAUCUAUGCCUGCUCGGAUCGCACCGACGACAUGGCAUGGAGAAUUCCUGUCAUCACCCAGCUGAUUCCUCCAUGCCUGCUCCUCAUGGGUCUCGUCUUCCUCCCCGAAUCCCCCUCGUGGCUACUCGUCCGCGGACGAAUCGACGACGCCAAGAAGUCUUACCUUCGUUUCAACGGCAAGGACUUUGAUGCUGAUACCGCCGUGGCGGUUGCUCAGCUCGCCAUUCGCAGCGAGAACGAGGCCAUGGGUGAGGGCGGAAGCUGGCUGCAGUGUUUCAAGGGUGCAGAUGGACGCCGGACACUGAUCAUCUGCAUGGUCUACAUCGCUCAACAAUUCAUCGGAGUCAACUUUGUGAGCGGCUAUCUGACCUACUAUUUCCGUCUGGCUGGCGUCAACAACCCCAUUGGAAUCGCCCAGGCCGCCUUUGCUAUCCAGCUCUUUGGAAAUAUCUGCUCGUGGCCACUGGUCGACCGGGUCGGUCGUCGCCCCAUGAUUGUCGGCGGCAUGAUUACAAUGACGGCUGGUCUUCUCAUCAUCGGCGGUAUUAGCACCAUCGGCAGCAAGCAGGCUCUUUCGGCGACUGUUGCUUUCAUGGUCCUCUGGGGAUUCUUGUACCAGAUGACUGUGGGUGCUACCGCGUACUCUGUGGGAGGCGAGACCCCCAGUAUUCCUCUUCGACAGAAGACUUAUGCCAUCAACAUCAUGAGCGCCACAGCUGUGUCGUGCCUUGUCCUUCAGGUUAUGCCUUACCUAAUCAACAGCGAUGAGCUCAACUUGGGCGGAAAGAUCUGCUUCAUCUUCUUCGCCUUCUCCGUGCCAAUGUGCGUCUACCUUUACUUCUGCCUCCCCGAGAUGAAGGGCCGCAACUACGCCGAGAUCCAGGAGCUCUUUGACAAGAAGGUGCCUGCUCGCCAGUUCAAGGACUACCAGUGCAACUUGGGAGAUGCCGUUGUUGCCAAGAGGAUUGAGCUCGAAGAUCGGAAGCCAGUGGAAGUCUAA